GAAAAGUGAAAUUUAUUUUUAAGGGUGGGGUUUUUGUAUUUUCUAGUUUUUCAAUUUUGUAGUAUAUUUCUCAUGUAUUUUAUAUGCACAGUUUUAACGGUAUUGAAGAAGAUCUAACAUCAUAUUUACUCCAAAGUGUACUACAAAGUGUAAAUUAUUGACGGAUACAUUAUGUAUAAACUAAUGUGAGGUUAAAGAUUUAUUUCUGUUUAGUGACAGAUCCUAUGUUUUAAGGAUUUUAUGUAAAAGUUCACAAGGAUAGUUCUAUAUCAUUUGGUCUGUGUUAUUUAUAAUACGUAAUAAUAAAACUUUAAACAGAGGAAUACAAUGAAGAAAUCUUCAGCGAAAAAGUGAAGUGAUUUUAUUCUAUCGAAUUUGGGCAGCCAUUUUAUUUUCAGUACAAGAUACUUGAAAUGUCAGUAUAGCUGUGGAAGUUCAAAAUAUGGCACCCGUGCCUCGCCCGGGUAGCCUGCGCGAUCCAGAGAUUGCUGAUCUGUUUUUUAAGCACGAUCCUGAGAAGAUUUUUGAAGAUUUGAGGGAAAUUGGCCAUGGAAGUUUUGGGGCCGUUUAUUAUGCAAGGUGUCUUCUUACUCGAGAAAUUGUGGCUGUCAAGAAGAUGUCCUAUCUGGGUAAACAAAGUCUGGAAAAGUGGCAGGAUAUUUUGAAGGAAAUAAGAUUUUUAAAGCAGUUAAACCACCCUAAUACAAUUGAAUAUAAGGGAUGUUACCUUAGAGACAACACGGCAUGGCUGGUAAUGGAAUACUGUCUCGGAUCUGCAUCUGAUAUAAUUGAAGUGCACAAGAGACCACUGAAAGAAGACGAAAUAUCCGCCAUCUGCGACGGAGUUCUGCACGGACUUAGUUACUUACAUGAAUUAGGUAGAAUUCAUCGUGAUGUAAAAGCUGGAAAUAUAUUACUAACAGAAAACGGAACGGUAAAGUUAGCGGAUUUUGGUAGUGCUUCAAUUAAAUGUCCAGCGAAUUCCUUUGUAGGUACUCCAUAUUGGAUGGCACCAGAGGUAAUAUUAGCGAUGGACGAGGGCCAAUAUGAUGGCAAAGUUGAUGUUUGGUCUUUAGGUAUAACUUGUAUAGAAUUAGCUGAGAGAAAACCACCGUAUUUUAAUAUGAAUGCCAUGUCAGCACUCUACCAUAUUGCUCAAAAUGAGUCACCUACAUUGUCCUCUCCAGAGUGGUCAGACGUUUUUAAACAUUUUGUCGAAGCGUGUUUACAAAAGUCCCCAGGGCAGCGUCCAACUUCGUCUAGAUUAUUAAGUCAUCAAUUCGUGACUAGGAGUCGGUCGUCAAAUGUUUUAAUAGACUUAAUUCAACGUACGAAGGCUGCAGUUAGGGAUUUGGAUAAUCUGAAUUAUAGAAAAAUGAAAAAGAUUCUUAUGGUAGAGAAUUGUGAAACAGAAAGUACCAUAGAUGUAGACGAUACUGCAGAUGAACAUACUGGCGGUGAUAGUUCUAAAAGCAAUUCAGUUACCUCUGAACAAAGCGUUCAUUCCGUUGGAGUAUCUGCCAGUAGUCAAUCCAGUAGUACCAAUAGUUUACCAGCAGGUGGAGAAGAUGGUACGACGCGAAGACAUCGACAACUUAAUCAUCCAGCUGCUGCAGCUGUUUCAGAUCAUGGUACCAAUAAUUUUGCCACUAUUAGAACUACCAGUAUAGUUACUAAACAACAGAAAGAACAUAUGCAGGAGGAAAUGCAUGAACAGAUGUCUGGCUAUAAAAGAAUGCGUAGGGAACAUCAAAGUGCCUUGUUAAAACUGGAAGACAAAUGUAAGAUGGAAAUGGAGGCGCAUAAAAACCAACUAGAUAAAGAGUACGAGAGCUUGCUUCAAAACUUUAGUAAAGAAUUAGAAAAAUUACAAAUUAAACAUCAGCAAGAGCUUGAAAGGAAACAUAAAUAUAAUUUGGCCGGUGAAAAGAAGAUGAUGAAAGAUAUUAGUAGUCAGCAAGAUAUGGACAGAAAGGCGUUCGAUGCUCAUAGAAAGAAAGAAUAUAAAGCAAAUAAGGAAAGAUGGAAACGGGAGUUGUCACAGGACGAUUCGACACCAAAACGACAGAGGGAUGCCACACUACAGACUCACAAAGACAACUUAAAAGUAGUAGAUGCACUAGAAGAACAACGGUUGUUGCGCUGUCAGAAGGAGUAUCUUGAACUGGAACUACGAAAAUUCAGAAGAAAAAAAUUAAUGACCUAUCAUCAGUUAGAACAAGAGUUACUGAGACAAGAAUUAAACAAACGACAACAUCAGUUAGAACAGGCUCAUUCUAUGCUGCUACGGCACCACGAGAAAACGCAAGAGUUGGAAUAUCGGCAACAGAAGGCCGUACAUGCGUUAAGAGAAGAGCAGGUUAAAAAUCAACAUGAUACAGAAUUGGCUAACCAGGCAGAAUAUAUGAAGCGAACUGAACGGGAAAUGAGGAAGAAACACGCUCUAGAACUGAAACAGCAACCUAAGUCUCUAAAGCAAAAGGAAAUGUUGGUGCGAAAACAGUUCAGAGAAACUUGCAAGGUACAAACCAAGCAAUAUAAAGCUUUAAAAGCUCAAAUUCUUUUGAAUACUCCAAAAGAAAAUCAAAAAGUAGUAAUUAAGAAACUGAAGGAGGAACAAAGAAGAAAACUGGCCCUCUUAGGCGAUCAAUAUGAACAGAGUAUUGCCGAAAUGUUACAGAAACAAUGCAUUAAGUUGGAUGAAAGCCAGGAACUUCAAUGUCAACAAAUGAAGGAGAGGUUAAGAUAUGAACUGGAGAUUUUGAUAGCAUACCAGAGUAAAAAUAAAAUGCAAGCGCAAGCACAGAGAGAUAGGGAAAAAAAUGAGUUACAGGAGAGGGUAGCGGUGAGAAAAUCUCUUCUCGAACAAAAGAUGACUGCCGAAAAUCAAAGGUUCGUGGAUGAAAGGGGGGAGAGAAUAAGAAUUCUUCAUGAAAAACAAGAAAAAGAAUUGGAGGAAUUCGACGAGGACUCUGUAAAGCUGGGAUUUAGUGCAUUAAUGAUAGCAGAGAUGUCGCUGCAAAUAAAUGAUAUGUCACGCGACAGUUACGACGUCGACGAUGCUAGUUUGUCGGGCUCGAUGCUUAGUCUGGCGCAUUCCAACAGUUCUACCAGUUUCCCACCUACUUCCGUUUAGUAAGCUACGAUAGAUAUUACUGUUAGAUUAUUGAUAACAACGAAUUGUCAAAAUAUAAUACCAAAUAUUUAAUUUAAUGGUAAUUUUUUUUAUUUAUUUUUUUGUACGUUUAUCAGGUUUGAUGAAUAUUAAUUAUUGAUCAAAUUAAAAAGCCAGUCAAUAAACAAAAGAAAAUAAUAAAUUGGUAAUAAAACUCUUGCUAUACUAGUCAUGUAUUUCUUUGUAUAUGGGUAGAGUAAUAUUAACUAUGAAUAAUAUAAAUGUUCUUUAUUUAACAUUAAGCAAGUACUUUAAUUAAUGAACACCACGAUUACGGAUUUUAAAUUAAUU